GAACUACUUGGCAAGAAUCAAACCAAAACAAAACCAAAAAGGGAUGCAGAUUUGGAGGGAACACAAACAUUCAGUCCACAGCGAUCAUCAUUUCAGCCCAAUCAGUAGCCUGCACACAGUUAUGACUGAGGAUGUACACACUUGUUUAUUGCUGUAAGACAUUGCAUGACAUGCUUUUUACCAAGAUUGUCUCAUUCUUGCGGUACUAUCAUGUAGGUAGUAUCGUCAUCUCUGGUCUGUAGAUGUGGCAGAGAACUUGAAGGGUGAUUAAAAACCCUGCCCGGGCAUGCGUGUUUGGAGUCCAUCUGGGCUUGUGUCCUCAUCCUUUUCUCCCAAAGGAGUGAGCUGAACCCGUGGAGAGCCACCUGCCCGAGACCGCAGAUGGUCUGUUCGGCCGUCUCGUCCCUGCUGUUCCCCACCUGCUAGCACCAGGGCUGCACUCCUGACUCAUGGCCCAGCCUCUGUCCUCGUACUGUGCUACUCUUUGGCCCAAAGGGUCCCAGAGGGACUUCACCAGUCAGGGUUUCCUGGGGGGAGUUUUGAUUGUAUAAUUUUGGUAGUUGCUGUCUUUUCUCAUCUCGUGAGCAGGUUCCAGAGAAAGACGAGGCAAUGGGGGACCAAAGGCCUUCCACGCCCUGUCGGUCCCCGCCGCCAGCUGCCAAGAAGAGCUCCUACCUUUACUCCACGGAGAUCACGCUGUGGACCGUGGUGGCCGCCACGCAGGCCGUGGAGCAGAAGGUGGACUCCUGCCUGGCCCGCUUGCUGGCUCUGGAGGGCCGCAUGGGGACAGCCGAGAAGAAGCUGGCCGACAGCGAGAAGACGGCCGUGGAGUUCGGCAACCAGCUGGAGGGCAAGUGGGCCGUGCUGGGGACGCUGCUGCAGGAGUACGGGCUGCUGCGGCGGCGGCUGGAGAACCUGGAGAAUCUGCUGCGCAACCGGAACUUCUGGAUCCUGCGGCUGCCUCCGGGGAGCAAGGGCGAGGUCCCCAAGGAGUGGGGCAAGCUGGAGGAGUGGCAGAAGGAGCUGUACAAGCACGUGAUGCGGGGCAACUAUGAGACGCUGGUCUCCCUGGAUUAUGCCAUCUCCAAACCCGACAUCCUCGCCCGGAUGGAGAGGGGAGAGGAGCCCUGGCCCACAGCCCCGUGGGGCCAGGAGAAGGGGAGCAGGGAGCCUGCAGCGCGCCCGGGGAUGCCUGGUCCCACUCCAUGUCCUGAGCGGGUCCCCAGCCCUGUAAGCCUCCCCCAGGAGGAGCCCAAAGAAGGGCCAGCCCCUGUGCAGCCGCAGGAUGAGGAAGCAGGGCUGACCCCUGCCAGGCCAGGCGCUGGCCCUCCAGCAAGCACCCGCAUUUGCUCCUCAGUUAAACAGGAAGGGGACUCUUCAGAGGGGGACCCAGCAGCCUCCCCUCGUAGGGACAGGCUGCCCAGUGUGGGGCCAGCUUCCUUUGCAGGUGGCAGUGCUGUGGCCAUUAAGACAGAAGCUCCGUCCGAGGAUGAGACGAUGCCAGAGCAGCUCUUCGUGGGGUCCCCAAGCCAGACCAAGUGUCGAAUCCCCAAGGGGCCCCGGAACCAGACUGGAGGUCCCGUGCGGCAUCGUGCCCAAGUGUUGCCCCAGCCACCUGCGGCUGUCAGGGAGCCGCCCCGGGUGCUGCCUCGCCGUCAGCAGGAGCGCGCCUUCCCUUGCCCGGACUGUGGACAGAGCUUCCGCCUGAAGAUCAACCUGACGAUCCACCAGCGCAGUCAUGCAGAGGGGGAGAGGGGAGGCCAUGCCACCCUGGAGCCAGGCGAAGUGGUGGUACCUGGCCCCGUCAUCCGCUGGCUUCCCGAGGAGCCCAGGGGCCGCCGUGCCCUGGCAGGCCAGACCUUGGCAGGGCAGAGGCCAGCAGCGACCAAGGUGUACCGCUGCAGUAAGUGCCUGUGCUUCUUCCAGCAUCAUAGGAGCCUGCUGCUGCACCAGCGCCUGCACACGGGGGACAGCCAGGGCUGGCCCACUUGCCCCUACUGCAGCAAGGCCUUCCGCCGGCCCUCAGACCUCUUCCGCCACCAGCGCAUCCACACAGGUGAGCGGCCGUACCAGUGCCCCCAGUGUGGCCGAGCCUUCAACCGCAGCCACCACCUGGUUGUCCAUAUGCAGACUCACACCCGGGGACAGGUGUCCCUGCAGAGACCUGGCCACAUGGAGGAGGGCUGACCCCAGGGGCCUGCUGGGCACCCCUGGCCCGCCGGACCCCUGCGCUCUGUUUCCAGACCCGUCCUGCGUGCCUCUUGCUGGCUCCUUAUUUGGAGAUGGCUUUAGAGAGACUUGUUUUCCAUUCAGAUGGGAAGCAGCAGCCCUCUUUGGGACAGCGUACGUGUGAGACAGGGUGCCUCCAUUUCCCAAAUUUGUCACCCUGCUGCCUUUUCUACAUUCCUGACUUACAAAGCAUUCCAUCGGGCAGAAGGGAUGCUGGCUUUUGGAAGGGCCUCUGGCCAGUACCAGAGUCAGGAGGACCGUAGGUCAGACCCACCCAGGAUGGGACCACAGAGACCCUACGGGACAGGGAUUGACUGCGCAGUCUGCUUGUGGCCAUGUGAAAAGUGUACAAGUGUAUAGGUGGCCUGAAGGAAAUCUGCAUUUUUUACUUUGUUACUUAGAGACUCUUUUUGCUUUUUUUUUUGUACUGGAAAUCGAACUCAGGACCUUGCGCUUGCCAGGCAGGCACUUGUGCCACUGAGCUAUAUCCACGGCCCUCUUUUUACUUCUUUCGGAGCUUUCCUAGUAUUUUUGUAAGUACUGUGUAGAGUUGCAAAGGAGACCAGGAGCUCCUGUGGGGCGGGAAGAGGAGCUGAGUCCGGACUGCUGUGGCCUCCAGGCUGCCCUGGAAGCACGGGGUCUUCCCAGGUGGGUUUCUCUGCCCGCAGUGGCUCCAGGACUUCUAGACUCCCCCGAAGGGCAGUCUCACCUGUUACUUCCUCUCGCUCUCAGUGGACCCAAGAGGGAGUGAGGCCGCCACCCUCCCAGGCUCUCAGGGUUCAUGCAGGAGUGCAGUCUACGGACUGGACCCCAGAUGUCUGGAGGGGGUACAGGGUGAGCAUCGGAAGACCCGCCCCGAGAGGGGGCGUGGCCAGCCCACCUGGACUCGGACCAAAUUGGGCAGGGACAUCUGGGGAGACUCCUUCAGCCACCUCAGGGCUCACAUUCCUUGUCUGAGAGAGUGGCAGCCCCGGUGCCUCACCUCAGUGUUGUCAGUGUCACAUGUAGGGGCACUGUCCAAAGCAGAAGCCUGGCUUUGUCCUUCCUUCCACACUCAGGGCCUCCUUUCUGGUCCAUGUAGGCGGCCAGCCCUUUCUGCCCAGGAGGAACCCUCAGGAAGGGCCUUUCUCUUCCGGACAGCAGAGGCUGCACACACCAGGUUCCGGGAGUCAGACUUGCCACGGGGCUGGCGUGCUGGGCGCCCUUUCACCAAAGCACAGAUUCGGUCCCAGGGAGCCGAGGCCAUGGUGUUGAGAAAGGUUCAUUUCUCUUGUCAUGGUCACGGCUCCUCAGUGCUGUCUGUAGGCCAGACAGGUGCUGGGUGCCAGCCGCCAGCCUUGUGACAGCUUGCUGUCUUGUCUGCUUGUUCCUGGCUGUGCCACUUCCUGUUGCCCUUCUGACCCUUGCCAGUUGCGGCCAGAUGGUAACACUGUCACCAUGCUUGGGAGGGAGAGCACAGGGCUGUGCCCGCUCCCCAGCGUUCCCACCCUCCUGCGCUGUGGGUUUGCUUGUCCUUGUCUGGGGCCAGGAGUCAGAGAUCAGCAGUCACUGAGGGCUGGGACCCGUGCACGGCCGGUCUAGGGUGUUCAGGAGGUGCCUUUGGGCUGCGAGCUGCCCAGGGCCGGGCCUGCUUUUCCAACGCCCCCGUAAAUACAAACGCUCUAAGCACAAAGCUCAGGCCUCCCGUUUUAUUUUUUCCAAGCAUUCGCUGUGCCCAGCUGUGGGAUAUGCCUGCCUAGUUUGCCCUAGGGUUGGUUUCAAGCGGUCUCUAAGUUGAAAUGCUGCCUGGUGCACGAGCCCACCUCCUUCAUUUGCAAAACAAAAAAAUGGCAGCGCCACAAACUCGAGGCCUCGGCGGGUUAAGAACUGUGAAAGUGGCAGUCCCCAGUCCUAACUGGUGCUCAAUAAACAAGCUGGCAUAAACGAA